AUGCGACCGAUACUCGUACGCUCAGCGUUCCGAGUCGCAAUCAUCGCUAUCCCCAUUCUCUUCGCCCUCCACUACUUCAUCACCCACCUCCUGGCCUUCAUCCACAUCUUCUACCAACACCCCGGCAUCGCCAUCACCCAGCGCCAAGUCGCAAAUGCCUACCUCAACGGCACCACCCUCCUCCGAGGAGAAAGGGAAACCGGAACGCGAAAGGACUCAAAGGAGUAUAUCCCCAAGAUUAUCCACCAGAUCUUUCACAACUGGAAGGACCCAGAGAACAAAACGCUGCCGAGUGAUUGGGAUGCGCAGAGACGUAGUUGUGUGGAUAAUAAUCCGGGCUGGGAGUAUCGGCUCUGGACCCCCUCCACCUCCCUCGCCUUCCUAACCACUUACUACCCAACCUUCCUCCCCUCCUACCUCUCCUACCCGCACCCCGUCCAGCGCGUCGACGCCCUCCGCUACUUUUUGUUGUUUCACUACGGCGGCAUCUACCUCGACCUCGAUAACGGGUGUCUACCCUCCAUCUCACCCACUGCCAAUAGUCUCGACCCACUUAUCAGUUACCCGCUCUGGAUCACGGACGGCGGAAGAGGGGCGUUGAGUAAUAAUAUCUUAGCUGCGAGGCCGGGUCAUCCGUUUUGGGGACGGGUGGUGGCUGAACUUAUUGAGGGCAGAGGGGCAGUUCCGCAGGGAAGGGGAGAGACGGUGACGGGGUUUUGGAAGAGGUGGUGGUGCGCGUGGGGGGUGUUGAGGUAUGUGGAGGUUAGUUGGGGGGUUGGACAGUGGUUUUUGGGUGGGGUUUGGGAUGAGUAUCAUGCUUUGUUGGAGAUGGGGAGGGAUAUGAGGGGGGAGAUGGAUGGGGUGGUUGAUGAAGAGAAGAGUGGGAGGUUGUAUAGGUUGAUGAUGGAUGAUCGGCCGGGGAUGGAUGAGUGGGUUUUCUUUACGCAGGGAAGGGGAGGGACGUGGAAUGGGUGGGAUAAUCGGUUGUUUUUGGAGAUUGGUGAUCACUUGGGGGCAUCAUCGUACAUACCUGCACUACCGUACCGCUCCUCGCAUAUGCACGCCGGUAUUGCUCAGCGGUCGCGAUAUUACUCUGACUCCGGGAGCCUGGGUGGCGGAACCUGGAACAUACUGUAUGGCAUGAGGACAAGACAUGGCGGCUUCAUCUUUCCGCAGCAGGAAUUCCUGGUCGACGACGCCAUCGCCUAA